AUGGUGUUGUGUGGCGGAUCGAGCUCCUCCAAAAAGCCUAUUGAACGGAAAAUCGUGAUUUUGGGGGAUGGUGCAUGCGGUAAAACUUCCUUGCUAAAUGUGUUCACGAGAGGCUACUUCCCUAAGGUUUACGAACCAACAGUGUUCGAGAACUAUAUACACGACAUCUUUGUGGACAGCCAGCAUAUCACCCUCAGUCUGUGGGAUACCGCGGGACAAGAAGAAUUUGACAGGUUACGAUCAUUGUCGUACUCAGACACACACACCAUUAUGCUGUGUUUCUCGGUGGACUCAAGGGACUCGCUAGAUAAUGUUCAGCACAAGUGGGUGGGCGAAAUCGCAGACCACUGUGAAGGCGUCAAAUUGGUAUUGGUCGCGCUGAAGUGCGACCUGAGGAACAACACAGAAGAAUUUGCUUUGGACUCAGCCAUUACACCGGGAAACAUCCAGCAGCAGCAGCAGCAGCAGCAGUUGAACGGCUCGGGCGAAAACCCAAAGCUGAUUUCGUAUGAAGAGGGACUGGCCAUGGCCAAAAAGAUCGGCGCUUUGCGCUAUCUGGAGUGCAGCGCCAAAAUGAAUAGAGGAGUGAAUGAAGCCUUUACCGAAGCCGCCAGAUGUGCUUUGACAGCACACCCCAAAGGUGCGAAGGAUGGCAACCAUGAGGAGGGUAAGAAGAGUAGCGGCUGUGUUGUAAUGUAA